AUGUCCAAGACGUUUGAGGCUGACGAGGUCAAGAAGCACACCAGCGAGCAAUCGGCCUGGGUCGUCGUCGAUGGCGGCGUGUACGACGUGACCUCGUUCCUCGACGACCACCCGGGAGGCAAGAAGAUUCUGCUGCGCAACUGCGGAAAGGACUCGUCGGAGGCCUUCUGGACCUACCACUCGGAGAAGGUGCUCGCCAAGACAGCGGCCAAGAUGAAGAUUGGAGACCUCAGCCCGAACGCGAAGCUCUAGAGGGUCAGCGAAUAGAGAUCGACUGUAUCCUCUCCUCCUUUUGUCUUUUCCGAUCCGCGAGCAAUCCACAGUGCCCCACUGUUUACUCUUUUGUCGCCUGUGAGAUUCUUCUUCUACUUCGCCUUGUCUCUCUUCUCUUUCCCGAGCUGUACACGUAUUCGGACCCGCUUUCCACAUUCGCUGCGUCGCGAUGCCACUGUACGCAUGGGGAGGAGGAACGCGAAAGUGAGGGCUUUGCCUUGGACUCGCCCUGGCCACAGCUUAAGACGAAGGGAAAGAGAGAGCUGCGAGAGCACGCACCUCAUCUUGUGCCUGCUGUCUACUACCUGAUUGCAUAUGCCACAUUCGGCAUGUCUCCGAGAAUUCGGGUUGUCAUAGGUUCACCUCAAGGCAGCCAUCUUGUACGCCUCAGGGUUCAGUC